AUGACAGCAGACACCCUCGUUCAAUCGAAACGGUCUCCAAAUGGAAUUAGAGUUGGCGUGCGGCCGGCGGCGACCCCGUGGGACUCGCCGGGAUCCAACAACGCUGGGAUAGUCGGUGAUUGCUUUACUGUUUACAUUGCCACGAUUGCAGAUAGAAUUGAAACUGGGGUUACACUCGACAAGUUCAAGUCCACUUCAGGAGUCAGUAAUGAC